AUGACCCCCCGCAACGAGGAGGGCAACCUGUCUGCGCAUUCGUUGGGCGUUGCACUCGAGGACAACUUGGCCGACUCGCAUACCGCGGGCACCCCAAAGCCUUUGACGGCGACCAGUCUUCCGCUAUUGCCGACUCUUGCUGCGUCCGACGGUCCAGGCAACAGUCAAACACCAUCGUCCAUCCCUGGCAAGAAGUCGCCUAUUAAGUUUCCGCGCAAGGAGACUCCCGCAAAGGAUGGAGCAAGUAACGACCCUCCAGCGACAGCUAUUGACCCUCUGUCACACCACAUAUUCGUGAGGACAAAUACCGAAAAAACGCUUUCACAUCGCCUGCUUGGAACGGGCAGACCAGACAGCCCAGCCAAUGAGGGACCAGGUCUCCCCAGACCAAGCGCCGAUCUCUCUGCGAAGCCGUCUACACCCCAGGGCGACCAAGGAAAGGACAAGAAGAAGGGAGGCAGCUUCCUCAGUCGCUUAGGCAUGAUUGGCAACAAGAAGAAGGGUGAUGUGAACGACGACGACUCUGAGAUCAGCGAACUACGAACCGAAGGCGCCAAUGCCGUCGCCUUCUCCUCGACCGUCGGGGCCGCCGGCUACAUCCCCCAUCACAAAGAGCCUCCACGGUACAUCAGGGUACGAGCCAACAACAAGAAGGUGAAGGAAUUUAACCGCAUGUUUCUCGCUCAAGAGCUUGUCGGCACACGUCUACCAAGCGACCACCACAGCAGCAAGAACCGGGCGAUCGACGCAGCACCCGUGAAACCGGUGCAUGGAUUUGGGCGCAAAGACGUACACACGGGCGGUCCGAUCUGGGCGGCAGAGUUCAGCAGGGACGGCAAGUACCUUGCAACAGCCGGCCGGGACCGCGUCGUGCGGGUUUGGGGUGUUCUUGCGACGGCCGAGGACCGAAAUGCGCACCAAGAUGCUGAGAAGGAUGCGUGCGACGGCGCGCACUUGUCGGCACCCGUCUUCCACUCAAAGCCCGUUCGCGAAUUUACCGGACACGAGGGCGAGAUCCUCGACCUGAGUUGGAGCAAAAACAACUUUCUGUUGUCGUCCUCGAUGGACAAGACAGUUCGGCUUUGGCACAUGAGCAGGAACGAAUGUCUCUGCUCUUUCAAGCACAAAGACUUCGUCACUUCUAUCGCGUUUCACCCGCGUGACGACAGGUUCUUCCUGGCUGGGUCACUCGAUAGCGCGCUAAGGCUGUGGAGCAUCCCUGACAAAGCAGUCGCUUACUCGAGCCAGUUGGCGGACCUCAUCACGGCCGUGGCUUUCUCUCCCGAUGGGAAGACAGCCAUAGCCGGCUGCUUGAAUGGGAUAUGCAACUUCUACGAAACAGAAGGUCUGAAGUUCCAGACGCAAAUCCAUGUCAGGUCGUCGAGGGGAAAGAACGCCAAGGGAAGCAAGAUCACGGGCAUUCAGUGCACUGAUGUACUGUCCCCGGGGAUAUCCGUCGGUGGGGACGUGUUAUCUCAGGGAACGAAUGGGGCAAUUUCCCACAAUAGUGAUGGAGGCGAAGUCGAAGGGGCAGGGGAAGGGGAAGUCAAGGUCCUGGUGUCUUCGAACGACUCGAGGAUACGAAUCUACAACCUUCGCGGAAAGGAGCUGGAAACAAAGUUCAAAGGGCACACAAACAACUGCAAUCAGAUCCGGGCGUCAUUCAGUGAUGAUGGACAAUAUGUCGUCUGUGGUAGCGAGGAUCGAAGAGCAUUCAUAUGGUCCACGGAAUCUUCUCUGGCGGAGAACAAGGACAAGCAAGACAAGCGACCCUGCGAAUACUUCGAGGCUCACAGUGACGUGGUCACGCAGGCCGUGUUUGCCCCUACAGGGAGUCGGCAGCUGCUACAGACCAGUGACGAUCCCAUCUUCACUCUCUGCAACCCGCCCCCAGUCACUCUAAUAAGUAAAGAUGAGGCUACAGUCAGCCAGACGACGUGGCCAAAUCUCGACAAAGCUGAGGCAGUGCCCAAGAUCAAUAAACCCGAGGAAACUCCGGCUUUCAUAGCAAGGAGCAAGCAUCAGGAUGGACACAUUCUGGUCACAACUGACUAUGCCGGCAUCAUCAAAGUGUUUCGACAGGACUGUGCAUUUGCGAAACGGAAACAUGAGACAUGGGAAACUGGCUCAUCUUUCUCGAAAAGGCUCGCUAGGGACAAUGUUCUAGGUAGAACUGGAAGCAUUAUUACCCAAACCAGCACCAGCUCUAUUCGAGGUCCACAUUCGAGGCGCAGCAGUAUUGUUGGCCAGCCCCCGUCUGUAGUCCCAGGAACGCCUCAACUGAGCUCGGAUCGGAUUAUUUCCUGGCGUCAGGGCAUUGAGGGCAACGGUAACAGUACGAGCGUAAGCAGGCCCACCUCGAUGACAAUGACGCCACCUACGCGGAGUGAACGAUCCGUAAGCCCAGCCAAGGCGCGCACACCAGCUACGAACCUAGCCUCUGAAGCCCGACGGCAGCCCUAUGUCAAUAGCAGUCCGAUGCUGGGCCCAGUCAGUCCAACGUCCAGCAUAACGAAAGACAGCAUUUACAUCACGCCCGUGAAGCAGGUCACAAAGGGUCGCCCUCCGAAACUGGAAAAAAUCAAGGACAAACAGGAUGAAAAGGAGAAGCAGGAUAAGCAGCAACAGCGGCCGGGCAUACCUCCAACCCCGAGUUUCUCCUUCCUCGGCCGGGAUGACGAGGAGAAAGAAAACGAGGAAAAGGCCAACCUGAAUGGGGACACAGUAUCUGUCGAUCCCGCUACAGGCGGCCAGAGUUCUAGCUUCUGGAAUUUAAGUCGCUGGAAAGGUUUGGGCAUGGGGAAACAAUCCGAUAAGGGCCACAGUAGGGCAAAUAGUGAAGCCUUCAAGCUCGCGGAGGCGGACUCAGAGAAACCCAGGCGGAAGAGUGAGGGUGGGCAUAUCCUCUCCGCCACCUCGCAACAGAGAACUGACCAAAACGUAAAGGACUCUGAUAAAACCGGGCGACCAAGCACACCAGGCGGCCGAGGCACCGGCGGUGGAGAUGGAAAAUACGACAGCGGGGACGACAACAACCAUGUGAACUUGGACCUUGCGUCGCCGGACAUUAUUGGUUCAAGUAAGGGUCACUCUGCGAGGGGGAUGACAACCUACCAAAGCGGGAGGAGGGAUAGCAUCGUGAGUCGGCUGACGUCGGAGCUGACGUCGGAGUGGUGCAGCGAGGGCGGCUCCGAGGAGGAAAUGCGGUGUACAUGCGGCAGUUUUGAGUUCAAGGCCAAGAAGAUGAUGGGUAAGCAGCGGUUCAUGUGUGUGAGGUGUGGGAGAAUGGCAGAUGCGUAG